AUGCACUUUCCCAGUGGGUCACCAGAACUUUACUCUCUGAAUUCGCAUAAAUAUGAAUGUGAUGAGCGUGCAGUGGUGGUGUCAGCGAGUCCAAUUGGGAAUUGUAUUGUAUUGCUUUCCCAGAGACAGUUACACUUCUGGACAUCUACCCACAAUGCUAUUUAUUUGGGAUCAGUGAUUAUUAAUGGCACCACUCUUGAUGAAAAUCCAGCGACGCAUCUUCUUUGGCACCCUAAAGGAGAGAAUUUGGUUGUUGCUACUCUACAAAGACGCAUUCUUUUCUUUGAAAUUAGUAUUGAUGUGAAAAAUGCAGAAGUUCUUACGCCUGGUUACCGUGAACAUUUUCUUCACGUGGGUUCUUUUGCGUCUCGCGUACAUUUAACCAACGAGGAACGUUUAGAGACUGGUAUCAUAACAUCAUUAACUGCCGGAGGCUCGAACUGUUUCUUUGCAUGUACAACAUCUGGAGUUGUAUGUGUACUUGGCUGGUUUCGACAGAAACUUUUACACACAUGGACUUGUCAUUUUUUAAGUAAAGAGACACAUUUCUUUACUCGUUCAGAUGAAACAGGGAAAGAUAACAUGGAAUCAAACUCGCGUGUGGCACGUGGCGAAAUUCUUACAGGAACUAUAGUGGAUGUAUACUACUCUCUUCAACUUAAAUUGACGACCUUUUUGCUAUCAAAUGGAAAUGUCAUUCUUGCCCGUAAUAAUGUGGGAAGUGAUUUCACAAAUGAUGAAAUAAUAUUCUCUGGUAAGUGUAGUAUAGCUGCUUCUGCUGCUCGUGUAGCAAUUAAUUCCAAACAUUCACUUAUCGUAAUGACCACACAUGCUGGUGAUGUUGUUUGCAAAUCUAUUAAUGAAGACCUCUCUUUAAAACCUUUUUGGAAUGGUCUAAAAUGUUUAAAAGACGUUGGACGACUUGGACCAAUUGGUGAUCUUCAGUGGAGUCCUAAUGAAGAGCUUCUCUGUGUUGGAUUUUAUCACGGUGGUGUAGUAGUAGUUCAUUACAGUAGUGUAUGCGUAUACUCGUCUGUACUUGCCUCUCAUUCACAACGUUGUGUUGUAGAAGGGUGUAUUUCUCUUUCAUGGAAUAAUCACAAUCAUCAAUUAUUUUUAAUUGAACCACAACAAACUUCCUUUAGAUCAUUUGAAUUUAGUGAGAUUAUUUCAAGUCCUGUUGGUGAUUUAAAAGGUUAUUUUACACCUAUUAUAUCAUUUAAUAAUGAAAUAGUGCGUUUUUGUGGGCAUUCACCUUCUGAAGAUGGUGUAACAUUUAAUGAUGUAGUUAAUAUUCACUCACAAUAUGCAAUUGAGAAUUAUCCUCUUAUCUUUGGUGCUGUAAGCCCUGAUGGAGCGGCUAUAGUACUUGCAGGAAAAAAAGGUUUUGUGAUUUUUGACCGUAUUAUGAGACGAUGGCAUACCCUUCGUGAUAAGAAACAAGAGAGAGAGAUGGUAUGUGUGGCUCAACCUUUGUGGCUUCACAGUUUAGCUGUAGUUCUUCCUGUCCGAAUGGUUUACACACGCAGUUAUGCUCUUCGUAUUUAUGCUCAUCGUUAUUUGGAUACAAAAGCCCUUUUGGUACAUCUACCUUUAGAAAGGAUGCCGUUACAAAUCUGUGAAUGCCAUGAUGAGGGUCCUGAUAUUUUUCUUCUUGUCUUAGACUCUUCUAAUACACUCUUAAUAUGGAGAUGCAUUAUCUCAUCAGGUAAAUCUUCAACUAAUUUUACCAUUGAUGUAUCAUUGGAGUUAUUGAAACGUAUUAAAUUAUCAAAUUGUUUUCUUAAUCCUAUUGAAAUGACGGCAAUUCAUCCUAUUCAUUUGCGCCAUCAGAGAGUACCUCGUACUCCACUAUCUUCAUCACAUAAUGGAGUUGAGUACACCUUGCCUCUCGUUUUGUUUGUAUUACGUGGUUCACAUGCAUUAGUAUCACUUUGUCUAAGUAUGAUGCUAGUAACUGAGGGUGAGUCUUUGGAAUUUCAUACAGAAGAUGAUAAAUCUGGGAUGCCAUUCCCAAUUACAACACUUCGUUCUAGUGGUGUAUAUAAAAUUUGGAUAGAUAAUUCUGUACCAAUAGAUGGAGGUGUAAUUCUUGUUUUUGGAGAUAAUGGAAUUAGUUUUCUUCAUUUGCGUGGUACAAAUGACGGUUUGCCUCCUUUUAUUUUAUUAGAUGAAUAUCGAAUAGGCCAAUUUGACGCUGAUUCACUCCCUAUAGGUAUAUCUACUUUUGAUGGUUGUCUUUUAACCGCCUCAAGUACGAGCGAUGUUUUUUGCUCUAUUUCUGGAAUACCGCCUAUUAUUUCUAUGCGUAUGACGGUAAAACCUAUUUUAUACAAUUACCGUGUUUUAGCAGUCUUAACACGUUUUGAAUCAUUAAGUGUAGAAACAGUUAAUGGGAAAAAAGUACCGACAACUGGAACUCCUUUUAUUCCUCUUGCUUGGAGUGAUCGUCUUUUUUAUUGGCUAGAACGUAUGAGGUCGAACAAUACUUUUGUACCAAACGCAGAUUACUACUUAUAUACUCUUAUUGAUGAAACUCCACCAGCUGGUAUUGACCAACUUGAUAGAAGAUCUGCUGUUCAAGCGACAGUUUCGCUUCUAAGACGAUACUCUGAAUUUCAUAGUAUUGUUGUAAACUGUGUACGAAAGGUAGAUGUCUCUCGCUGGCAAGUUGUUCUUGAUGUUUUGGGAUCUCCUCUCGAGCUUUUUCGUGAAUGCUUAGAGAAUCAACGAUUUGAAGAAGCAGCUCACCUUUUGCGUGUCAUAAUGAUGCAUGGAACUCUUUGCGAUACUACUAGCACCCCAAUGGAAUCUUUGGAAAGCGCUAUGACAUCUGCUGCGAAAUUAUUGGUAUUUGCUUUAUGGCAGCGAAAUAUUAAUUUAAUUCACGAUUUACUACGCUUCGCAUCUUUACUACAUGCAGAAUUAGUUAUACCAGUAAUAGGGGAUAGUAAAGAUGAGGGUGUUGGUGUUUGGUCGAAGUUUUUGAAUGCUGUUGGUUUUCAGCAAAAUUCAUCAAAUAUGCCUCUUUCUGAAACAGAUCCACUUUAUAUUAUUUCAGCUGAAGAAUUGCCUUCUGGGGGUAUUAUUCCCGAUUCAGUACGACGACGUUGUGCCAUUGAAUUCCUUUUAAUAAAUUAUCCAGAUGUGAAACAAGCUGUUGAUGAUGUAGCCACAAAAUCGCUAAUGUCAGGACAUUUAAUAGUAUUACGCGAUAUUCUGCAGGAAUUUUCUCUAUCGUUACCGCAUUUUAUCAAGAUUAAAACGUCUACAGAUUUAAUGAGGUCACUAGGUAUGGGAAUAUCAAAUAACGGGAAUGAGGAGAAAAUUAAUGGAGAUAAUAAUAAUAAUAAUAAUAAUAAUAAUAAUAAUAAUAAUAAUAAUAAUAAUAAUAUAGAGAAAAAUACAGUUGAUGUGCUCCUCCCCAAUAUAUUUGAUGGUAUUCAUGAUGAACUGGGUCUUCCUAGAAGUAUGAGGUGUAUUGGAAGUGAUCUUCGGCAGCACUUACCAUCUCCUUCGGAGAUGGAAAUAACAUAUGCAGAUCCGGCUCUCUGGACCACAGCCCAAGGUCAUGUCUAUUCCACCCCUGGCAUAGUGGAUACCCUUCUUGAUCUCCGUAGAUUGUAUAACAUUUGGGAAGAAGGUGUUAUAGCUAUCAAUAUCGUUCUUAUGAACGAGGUUGAUGUCGUACAGCAGAUUCAAUCGAAUCCUCUACUUGUCCAGACAUUACUAAACCUCGUGACACAUCCAAAGAAUCAAGGCUAUGAGGUCUUUUUGCGACAGUGCAUCAAGGGUUCUACCCAACUCCAGACACCACCGCUUUCUACGUAA